GAAGAAGAGUAACAAGAAGAAGAAGAAUGCGAACAAGAACAAAGAAUCAGCCCAGCCGAGCAACGGCGACAUCAAGGUCGAUAAGGACGAGAUAGAUGACGAACCGGACACCCCAACGACUGCUGUUAGUGUAUGUCGAGAUGUUCAAGUCCAAUAGAGCUUCUGCUUACCCACUACACCAGGAAAUACCCGGCAAUGUCGAUCACACAGACGAACCCAAGGCCGAGAGCAACGGGCACGCGGUAGCACCUUCAAAUCACGAGCAUAACGAGCCCACUUUGUUGCAGAACUACGAUGGCGAUUCCGAUACAUCAGCGAAACUAGAAGCCAUGGGCAAGGAGCGAGAGGCUCUCCGGGUCGAAGUUGAACAGUUGCGCAAACAGCUGGAAAGCAUCCAGGAAAAUCACCAGACUGAGGUCUCGCAGCUGCAGACAGAACUAGAGGACAGCAAUGCGGCAAGAGAAACUGCGGAAGAGCAAUAUCAAACGCUGCUAGGGCGAGUCGAGAAAAUUAAAGAAACCCUGAGCGACAGACUUAAACGCGACAAGGCUGAGCUGGAAGAGGCGAAAGAGCACAUCGAGGAGCUUGAGGCGCAAAAUGAGGAGCUUCGAAACUCGGCAGAUUCAUCCAGCGGAGAAAUCGCCAAGCUCAAGGAAGAGCUUCAGGACGCCACGCGGGAGCUGACAACUCUGCGCAGUCGCAAUAACCUGUCUGCAACAAAUUGGGGGAAAGAAAGGGAAGAGCUCAUCAAGUCGAUUCAGCACCUCAAAGAAGAGAUGGAGACAACUUCCAAUGCCAUGGGCGAGUGGGAGGUCAUUGCCAUGGAAGAGCGUUCUAUCAAAGAGAAUCUUGGAGAUAAAAUCAGCGAACUGGAGGAGGAAAUCGCUGGCUUAAGAGAGGGAUAUGAGGCCGCCGCCUCUGAGCGCGAUAGCCAGGCAACGCUCAUCGACAACCUCCAGAACGCUUUACGAGAGAUCCAAGACGCCCGAAAGAAGGAGCUCCGCGAUUUGGUCGAAACUAGUGAAGCGCAGCUCCAGGAACAGAAGAAACUGGUGCGCGAGGCUGUCGCAAAAGCUACAGAGGCACAGGAGGCCAAGGACGAGCUUGUCAAAGAGCUCGAGCGCACUUCUCCAUUUGAAAAGGAGGUCAAAGAAAAGAACCUUCUCAUCGGAAAGCUGCGACAUGAGGCUAUUGUGCUCAAUGAUCACCUUACCAAGGCUCUGCGCUACCUAAAGAAGACAAAGCCGGAAGAUAAUGUUGACAGGUAAGUACGAGGACUUUGAUGAAUUUCUUUAAGAGGCAUCGCUAACAUGAAUUUUCCUCUACAGACAAGUUGUCACCAACCACCUGCUUCAUUUCCUCACGCUAGAUCGCGGUGACGCCAAGCGUUUCCAAGUUUUGCAAGUCAUGGCAGGCUAUCUCAACUGGACUGAUGAGCAGCGGGAACAGGCCGGACUUGCUCGACCAGGGGGUUCUAGCAACUCCUUACGCCUCCCCCUCUCCCCCUUC